GACUAAAAUAUAAAAUAUUUCGCUCCAAACACAUGUGCUGCGGAAAAGUGUGAAUAUUAAUUCGGCCGAUUUUGACGCUUCGCUCGCAAAAUUCCGUGUAUACCAGAGUGGCCGCGAGUGCCAACAGCUAGCCGCAGACAACAGAAUCACUACAGAUGACGAGCGGACCAGGAACGACGACGGUAGAGGUGCAGCUGCCCCUCAAGGUCGCCCUGCGGCGGGUCGAGCGCGUUGGCUUCGCAUAUUUUUCGCAGCGGCGCCAACAUCUCGCGCCCGGCGGCGUGGAGCGGAGCGAUAGCGACGAGAAGCUAGAAGGCGUCGGCGAAGAGGUGGAAAUUAGCUACCUCAAGUCGCUGGAUCCCAAGGAGUGGAAGGACCAGGACCAUUACAGCAUUCUCGGUCUCGGAAAAAUCAGGUUCGAGGCCACCGAAGAUGAUAUUCGACGGGCAUACCGACGCAUGGUCCUGCUGCAUCAUCCUGACAAGCGAAAAGCCAAGGGCGAGGAGGUUAUCCAGGACGAUGACUACUUCACAUGCAUAACCAAAGCCUACGAGAUACUUGGCACUUCCAAGUCGCGUCGCAGCUUUGACUCCGUAGAUCCCGAGUUUGACGACUCGCUGCCCUCACAAACCGACAUCGAUGCAGAUUAUUUUGGCGUAUUCAACAAAUUCUUCACACUGAACGGACGCUGGAGCGAGGCAAAGGCGCCAGUGCCCGCCUUCGGCGAGGUGGACGCCAAGCGCGAGGAGGUGGAGCGAUUCUACAACUUCUGGUACGACUUCAAGUCCUGGCGCGAGUUCAGCUAUUUGGACGAGGAGGACAAGGAGAAGGGUCAGGACAGAGACGAGCGACGCUGGAUUGAGAAGGAGAACAAGGCGGCGCGGAUCAAGCGCAAGAAGGAGGAGAUGACCCGCAUCCGGUCGCUGGUCGAUUUGGCCUAUAACAACGACAAGCGCAUCGCACGUUUCAAGCAGGAGGAGAAGGAUCGCAAGGCUGCGGCCAAGCGGGCCAAGAUGGACGCCGCCCAGGCCCAAAAGGCAGAGCAGGAUCGCGCGAUUCGGGAAGCUGCGCUGGCCAAGGAGCGCGCCGAGAAGGCGGAACAGAAGCGCAUCGAGCUGAUCCGCAUUGAACGCGAGCAGCAGAAGAAGCUGCUCAAGAAGGAGCGCAAAACGCUGCGCGACAAGGUCAAGGACUGCAAGUACUAUGCCAAGAACGACAAGGAUCAGCUGAAGCACAUGGAGGGCACCGAGAAGAUCUGCGAGACCUUCAGCCUGGCCGAGCUGCAGGCAUUGAACAAAGCCAUGGAGUCGAAGGGCCGCGAGUCCUUUGUGGCCGCCCUGCAAACAGCCGAGCAGAAGAUAGCCGCCGAGCUGGAGGAGAUUAACCAGACCCAGGCUAAGAAGCUGGCCACGGCCAGUGCGCCCAAGGGGGGCGUCAAGGAGGUGAAGAAGGGCGAACUCUGGAGUAAUGAAAACGUUCAGCUGCUCAUCAAGGCAGUCAAUCUGUUCCCCGCGGGUACCGCCCAGCGCUGGGACGUUAUAGCCACGUUCAUCAACCAGCACAGUCCCGCCGGCAACGGCGGAAGCAGUGUCCUGGUCAACGCGAGGGACGUGCUGAACAAGGCCAAGGCACUCCAGAACAGCGACCACUCGAAGAGCAGCCUGAAGACCCAAGCCAACGAUGCAGCAUUCGCCAGCUUCGAAAAGUCCAAAAAGGAAGUGCAGACCUCGAACGACAUAACCCUGGGCGAGGAAACUCCUGCCCAGGCCAGCAAGGAAAACCUCAAGCAGAACGGAGUAGAUCAUAAGGUGAACAACAAUCAGCAGGUUAAGCAGAAUGGAACAGAUCCGUCGGCGGCAGCAGCUACGCCAGCAGGAGCAGCGCCGCCCACUACUAAUGGAACAGCUGGCGGCGGCAGUGGCGGUGGCUCCAAAACGUGGACCAAGGAGGAGCAAGCCCUACUGGAGCAGGCCAUCAAAACCUAUCCGACGACAACGCCCGAUCGCUGGGAUCGCAUUGCUUCGUGCAUACCGAAUCGCAGUAAAAAGGAUUGUUUGCGGCGCGUCAAGGAGCUAGUCGAGCUGGUCAACUCCAAGAAGGAGGCGCAGGCGGCGGUCAAAUGAGUGGGGCCCCCGCGGCCCUUACCCCGUUCCAGUCCCCCGCUGCCAUUCGUCCUCCUCCAUCAUCCACUACUAGCUGCUGUGUCCCAUAUAAAUUUUAUUUAAAUAAAACAUAAAAAGUUUUUGAACGUUUAGCGAAAAGUUA